ACCCGUGUGCAGGGAUGUUGGGGAUGGUGUCUGGCCAGAUCUCAGAUGCUCAGAUCAGUGCCUCGUCCUACGCUGACCGGGGCUGGGUGGCCGAGAACGCGCGUUUAUUGACGGGAAGGUCGGGCUGGACCGGACAGUCGACAAAGCAGCCUUUCAAGAAUGAGUGGCUGCAGGUGGAUCUGGGCCAGGACAAGAUAGUGACCGGUGUGGUGAUCCAAGGAGGGAAACACCGUGACAGGAACGUCUUCAUGAAGAAGUUUAAGGUGGGCCACAGCCUGGACGGAGAGGAGUGGACCAUGGUGAAGGAGGAGAACACCACCAGGGUCAAGGUUGGCUCACUUACACAUGUAACA